AUGAGUGCAGUAAUUAGUCAAAAUGCUGUUCUAUUUCAAGCGCAUGCCACAGAAAAGACGACAGAGAAUUCAUCUCCAAAGGUUUUCAUUUAUCUCACUCAAACAGAGCAAUGUCUUCCUCCAACCUUGGCCUCUUCCUCCGAGAUCGGCGACCCCGAGACAUGUAACUGUGAUGUCAUAGUGCUAAGCUUUAGAAGAAAAUGCCAAGUGCAAAAGACGCCUCACAUCACUUAUCUGUUCGAUCCCAAUACUGGAUGGGGAACAGGACGAAAUGUGCUGUAUUUUGCUGUGAAAGCAAGAUUCCCGAGAUAUCUUUAUUACAUUUUUCUGGAUGACGAUGUGGUGCUUCGUUUCAAUUCAUUCGCUCCGCCAGAAAUGAGGAGGCAUCCACCGUUUAGAGUCUUCGAACACUGGCUUCUUGAUUAUGAGCCUGUUGUAGGCGUUUUGGAUAAUCAACAGCAUUAUGGGGCAAUCUGGGCCAUUGAGAAAGGUCGGACAAUAUGUAACAAGACGGAUAGUCCCCUUGUGAUACCAACAGUAUGGUUCGAUGGUCUCUUUAAUGCAUAUCAUUAUAAAUCUAUUAAGCAUCUUUUCCCUUACCGCACGCAGUAUGAAAAAAUAAGCUGGUGGUCGCUGCAUAGGUACAUGUUUACUGCUGUCGAACUGAUUUUUCGAGGUCAGGCAUUGAUGUUUGUGCCUGUUACAGCGGGUAAUCCCGCCCAUCGCUCAUACCCAAAGUCUUUAAAGGAAAUAGACACAUACUGGAGAGACUACAUCGACACAAUUCGAGAGGAAGCUCCUCUAGUUUACAGAAAUCAACCCUUAUUUGAAGAUUUUAAGCAGAAUCUCGAGAACUACGUUAUCAACACGAAAACAUAUUGCAUGAAUGUAACACGUCAUCAAUCUAUUAAACCAUACGCUCAUUUUGAUAGUCAGACAGAAAUGUAGUUGAGGAGGUUAGUGAAGAGAUAAUUUCUAGCUGGGCUUUCAGUCCUUUUUUUUUUUAAUAAUACACAUAAAAAAUUACUCAGUUCUAAUUGGUUAAGAUAAGUGCAGUUUUCAGGUAAUUCAAUGCAGAAGACUGAGGGUUAAUUCAGUGCAAAGAGGUAACAAACCAGAUAUUCUGAUUGGCCAAUACUCAAAGAAACUCACAGAUAGCCACUCAAAUGCGAGCCGUGGAUGUCGCAACAUUUGGAUACGCUGAAAAUUUGCGAGCGAAACAAUGGCCGGCGUUUUAAAUAGAUUUUCUUUCGCCACCGAAACGACAACACAGCAGCUGAAAAACAGCUCUAACAACGAAAACCCUGUAAAAAGCACUGCUUUUUGGUUGUCGGUUUGGAAAAAGUAGUGUUUAGAGACCCAGCUUAACACAUGAUUAUUAGCUUUGCUAGUACAUAAUUAUGAUGAGCUAUCUCGUAUUUUUUUCAUGGUUAUUAUUAUUACGUAAUCAAAUUAUUUUUCUCGUGCAAUGUGGAAUAAAUAAGCACAUGUUAAUUUUUUAAGACCACAAAUUGCACUUGCCCUACGGGCUCGUGCAAUUUUGUUAGUCUUUGAAAAAAUUUACUCGUGCUAAUUUAUUCCAAAUUGCACUCGAAAUCAUGUGAUUGCCUAUACUUAUUUUGUCUUAAGUCUGGGCCCAAUCCAACCCGCUCACAUUUUAAGCGACUUUUUUGGUAAAUUUAUUUAACUGUAAUAGUCUUCAAAUUUGUCACUUGGUUUCAGAAAUAAUGAUUCCAUGUAAUAGAAAUAAGAGACACGUGACUGCC